CUGCCAAAUGUGCCAUGUGCCAUAAACUAAUCUCUCAUCUACCGCGAGGCCGAAACUGGGGUCUCCCGAGUCCAACCAAAGUCAGGAAAAUCUGAAAAUACAUCAUCACCCACUCGGUCCCCGAUAAAUCGGAUUUCGGCCGGAAUAUCCCCAUCGGCGACAGGGACGAUGAUCGGCCGGAGAGCUUGGCGCGAACUGCGGCGGAGUUACGGCCGGCGGUGGCCGAUCCCGGCGGCCUGUCAAGUCCCGUGUCCUUCGCCGGGCUUCGCGGCGCCGGAGCUCGGAAGACCUCCCGCUCGGAGCGGCUGCGCGAAGUCGAGCCGCGCUCCCCUCGCGACUGCGGCGUUUCUCUCGAGCGAUCUUCGAUUCCGAUUCGAAGAUUUGUGCAGAAUGAAGGCGUGUGGCUUUUCGAGCGAUGCGUUGAGGGAUGCUCCUGUUGCUGGAAUGGUCGAUGUGCCAUUGGCACAGACAGGUGAAGGCAUCGCUGAGUGCGAGCUUCUCAAAUGGUUUGUUCAAGAGGGGGAUCUGAUCGAGGAAUUCCAACCACUUUGUGAAGUUCAGAGUGAUAAAGCGACCAUAGAAAUAACAAGUCGGUACAAAGGAAAAGUUGCCCACAUUAAUUGCAUUCCUGGUGAUAUAGUGAAGGUUGGAGAGACUCUUCUAAAGAUGGCUGUUGAGGAUCCACAUCUUCUGAUGGAGGAUUGUGGUGGUUUAGAAAAUGUCAAUUCUCCAACUUCUGAGAUGAUAAAAAGCAAAAAAUGUGGAGUCCUGUCAACACCAGCAGUUCGAGGUCUUGCCAAAGAAUAUGGCAUAGACAUAACUGAUGUGCAUGGUACUGGAAGGGAUGGCAGAGUGCUAAAGGAAGAUGUUCUUAGAUAUGCUGCUGACAAAAGAAUUAUGGAAGGUAGUUCUACCUCUCCGGGUACUGAUCACGAGGAGCAGUUACCGGAAGGAGCACAGACUCACCAUAAUGUAUCAGCUAAAUCUGGAUGGCAUUAUAAUGAUGAAACGAUCCCCUUGAGGGGAUUCCAGCGAGCAAUGGUCAAAUCAAUGUCUCUGGCUGCAAAAGUACCACAUUUUCAUUAUGUAGAGGAGAUAAACUGUGAUGCUCUGGUGGAGCUUAAAGCAUCUUUCCAGGACAAUAACACAGAUCCAGAUGUCAAGCACACUUUUCUACCGCUGUUGAUAAAGUCACUUUCAAUGGCUUUAAGCAAAUAUCCCAUAAUGAACAGUUGCUUCAAUGAGGAAUCACUUGAAGUCAUCCUUAAAGGUUCGCACAAUAUAGGAAUUGCGAUGGCCACUCCAAACGGUCUUGUUGUACCGAAUAUUAAAAAUGUUCAGUCUCUGUCUAUCUUGGAGAUAACAAAGGAGCUGUCACGGUUGCAACAAUUUGCUUUGAAUAACAAGCUCAAUCCAGAAGAUGUAUCUGGCGGAACGAUAACGUUGAGCAACAUUGGAGCAAUCGGUGGGAAGUUUGGUUCCCCUCUUCUGAACUUGCCUGAAGUUGCCAUCAUUGCAGUCGGGCGGAUCCAGAAUGCUCCACAGUUUGCAGAUGAUGGAGACGUGUAUCCAGUGUCUAUCAUGACUGUAAACGUGGGUGCGGAUCACAGAGUCUUGGACGGAGCUACGGUGGCCAGAUUUUGCAACGAGUGGAAGCAAUAUGUGGAAAAACCGGAGUUGCUGAUGUUGCAAAUGAGGUGAUCCAGCAACAAAUACAGGUCACCGUAUCUCCUUUGUGUCUGUGUACAUGGCAAUAAAAAGAGCUGUUUUAGUUGUUUUGGCGACCAACAGAAUGUACAUGUCUGAAAAGACGAAACUUAGAUUACCAUGCAGUGCUGGGGUUGAAGUGAUUCUAACCGAGAAAAAGCCAUUUAGACUUUGCACAUGACACGACAGGGUGAAGUAUCUUAGGACCCUGUCGUGUCCCACAUAGAUUGCUGCUGAAGAGAGAGGAGGUAGAGAGAGAAUAAGACUCAACCUCGCCUGGCGUUGCAACAUACUUACCUGGACGGGGUCGAUGGGCGAUCAAGGAGGCCCAUGGCCUAGGUUAGUGACCUCCAUUGCACUUUACGGAGGGGUGCUAAUCUAAGGUCAGCCCAAAGCGGCUGAGCCUACGUCAUAAUUUGUGGCAGUGGGGGCCUGCGUUCGCGCGGCCCCUGU